UUCUUCUCCCAUUGGCACUCUGGAAAUUCAAUUACAAACGCGCUUGGUAGAGAGGUAGAGAGAGACAAAAAGCAGAGAGAAAGAUAGAGGGCGAAAUGGAUUCUCCGUCGACGUCGACGACGCGGAUCACCGCGCGAUCGUCGAUGAUCGACUCUUUCAGGGGCUGUACCCUAUCGGGUAUGACGAUUGACAAGGAGGAGCUCAAGAAGAAGCUCUUGAUGCCGCAGUACCUCCGCUUCGCUAUGCGCGAUUCUAUACGGUUAAAGGACCCAAGAGCCGGCGAGAGCCGCCUUCCGGGAAGUCGAGACCUCGUCGCCACUGCCGCCGUGGAAAAUGUGGAGGAAACGCCGCCGGAGUCGCCCAUGGUUGUGUUUAUAAAUCCGCGAAGCGGUGGAAGAUACGGGCCUAUGCUCAAGGAGAGGCUCCAAUUGCUGAUGGGUGAAGAACAGGUUUUUGACCUCUCAGAUGUGAAGCCUCAUGAAUUUGUUCAGUAUGGGUUGGGUUGUCUAGAGUUAUUGGCUGAUGUUGGUGACGUUUGUGCCAAAGAGUGUCGUCAAAAGAUCAGGGUUAUGGUUGCAGGGGGUGAUGGUACAGUCGGUUGGGUACUUGGUUGCCUAUAUGAACUCAACAGACAGGGUUUGGAACCAGUUCCUCCAGUAGGAGUUAUUCCACUUGGCACGGGAAAUGAUCUUUCCAGGAGUUUUGGUUGGGGUGGUUCAUUCCCUUUUGCAUGGAAAUCAGCCAUUAAAAAAACUCUAUUCAGGGCUACUGCAGGUCCAAUAUGCCGUUUGGAUAGUUGGCAUAUUGUGCUGUCAAUGCCAGCCGGUACAGAAAUGGAGCCACCCCAUUCUUUGAAGCUUACUGAAGAAUGCGCUCUUGAUGAGACUGGUUUGGAAAAAGGGGAUUUGCCUGAGAAAUCUACUUGCCACGAAGGAGUGUUUUAUAAUUACUUCAGCAUAGGAAUGGAUGCCCAAGUUGCUUAUGGAUUCCACCAUUUACGAAACGAAAAACCGUAUCUUGCACAAGGUCCAAUUUCAAAUAAGUUGGUUUACUCAGGUUAUAGUUGCACUCAAGGUUGGUUCUUCACACCUUGCACUAGUGAUCCUGGUUUAAGGGGGCUAAAGAACAUCUUAAGGAUGCAUGUCAAAAAGGUAAAUUGCUCAGAGUGGGAGCAGAUUUCAGUGCCUUCAAGCGUACGGGCAAUUGUUGCUCUAAAUCUUCAUAACUAUGGGAGUGGAAGAAAUCCGUGGGGUAAUCUGAAGCCAGAGUACUUGGAAAAGAGAGGCUUCGUGGAGGCCCAUGCUGAUGAUGGCCUUCUUGAAAUUUUUGGCCUGAAACAAGGAUGGCAUGCAUCUUUUGUAAUGGUGGAACUCAUCUCUGCAAAACACAUUGCUCAGGCGGCUGCAAUUCGGUUGGAAGUUAGAGGUGGGGAAUGGAGAAAUGCAUAUAUGCAGAUGGAUGGGGAACCAUGGAAGCAGCCAAUGCACGAGGAGUAUUCAACGUUGGUGGAAAUUACGAGGGUUCCGUUUCAGUCACUGAUGAUUCAUGGAGACAAUCACUGAGAUGAUUAAGGAAGAAGACUCAGCUCUUCUAAAGCUGGGCUUGUACUUGGGUUGGGUGCGAUCCUCACCUGAGAGUUUGUAAAUUGUAAUUUAUUGGUAUAUGAUUCUCUAUUGCGGGUCGAAAUCUUCGUCAGUUUUUCUGUUCAGCUGCGAUAUAAGUAGUUUACAUUAUCUAGUGGGGAUUAGUGGGUCAAAACGUUGUUAAGCGAAAAAUGUGUUGUGUAGGAUUCCUCUGUUGUUGUUAUGACUUAUAGAUUUCACAUUUUUUCUGGUUUCGGUUAAUAUAUUUCUGUUUUGAUGGGCA